AUGGUGAAAAUCUUCAUUGGCAAUCUUGACUCCGGCACCACGGUGGACGAGCUACGCACUCUCUUCUCCCAGUAUGGCAAGAUCUCAGAGUGCGACAUCGUCAAGAACUUUGGCUUUGUGCACAUGAACAACAAAGCAGAAGCGGAGGAGGCUAUCAAGAACCUCCACCACUACGAGCUCAACGGGGAGCAAAUGAACGUGGAGAUGAGCCGCGGCAGACCAAAGUCCACCACCAAGCUGCACGUCAGCAACAUCCCAGAGGGUUGCACCAACGAGGAGCUGAAGACCAAGUUUGAGGAGUACGGCCCUGUGGUGGAGGCUGACAUAGUGAAAGACUACGCAUUUGUCCACAUGGAGUCUGUGGAUGAUGCCAUGGAGGCCAUCAGGAGGCUGGACAACACAGCCUUCCAAGGUGAACCCGCUUGCACGGGAGAGCAGAUAGUCUGUGCUCUCCGUAGUUACAGAAUACACUUCCCUUUAGAUUGCAUAAAGAUCGUAACGUGACGCCGAAUAUCAUUUUGGUUUAAUUCUCUGAGGUUAAUGAAUAUGUAAUGGCACUGUAAAGUCGUGAGUCUUUUUCGUGAUUAUUUUAUCCGGUUUCAACGUAACAGUGCAGGUGAACCAAUUGAUGCUAAUAUAAGUAUUUGCAAUGAGGAAAUAACAGUCGUUAAGCAGCAGUGGUGUGCGUGUCAGAACCCAACCGUCUCAUGCGUCUCUUCUCUCUCCUCAAAAGGCAAGCUGAUGAGCGUGCAUCUGUCCACCAGUCGCCUGCGCACGGUCCCGGGAAUGGGAGCUCAAACUGGCUGCUAUGUCUGCGGGAAACAGGGUCACUGGUCGAAAGACUGCCCGAACGGCAGUCAGAACGGCGGUAGCUAUGGUGACCUUGGUGAACGCCCCAGGGGUGGCCUAAUGAGGGGCCGCGGCAGGGACUUCCCACGGGGUCCCCCGGGUUUCAGCAGGAGUGGCGACAGAUACCCGAGUGGCUACGGGAUGUCCCCAAGAGCUGCGGCAUCCUAUUACAUGGGCGGGCUAGGGUAUAGCAGAGCGUCCAGUUACCUGGGGGGGCCGCCUCUUCCCCCUCUGAGCCGUAGGCCUAGCUAUGGCUCUGCUCGGGAGUACAGCGCCGAAGCCAGGGAUCGGUACAGCGGCAGGCUACCGAGCUCUUAUCCUGAGAGAGCAUCGGCCUAUGAGCGAGACCGCUACAGCAGCCAUGUUGACUAUUACGAGAAGUACAGGGCACGGCCAUACGGCUCAAGCUAUUUUGAAGAGCGCCGCCUUGGCUAUAUCCCCCCUCCCCCCUCUUCCUCCCUCUCAAGGCUCUCCUCUAGUGUCGACCUGUACGAGCGUCGGCCACUACCACCAUCCUCGGCGGCCGCCUCGUACUACUUGCGAGACCGCAGCCCGAUCAGACGAGUGGCCGUCACCUCUGACAGCUAUGGUUAUGAGCGUUCGCGGCUGUCCCCGGUGUCCUCCUCCAGAAGCUCCUCGUACGCCGUCCCGCAGGCCAGGGACCCUUACACCGAUCGGACACGCUAUGCUUACUGA